AAAAUAAUAAUAAUAAAAAGCCAUCAAAAUAACAAACUACGCCCCACUGCUCUUUCUGUCACCAUCUCCACUGUAUCGCAGAAUUUCCAAUUUAUAAGCAUAUAACUAACAGAGAUUAAGCGAAGAUCCAUUGCAAAUUUGGAAGACUCAAAAUCCCAGUUGCUAGAUUUGCAACAAGUAAAGCAAGAAGUGCAGUUGUGCUCUUCAAAAUGGGAGAGGCACCCCAGAUUGCCAUUCUUGGAGCUGGUACCUUUAUGAGGACCCAAUACAUUCCUAGGCUCGCUGAGAUCUCUAAGCUCCUCCUUCUUAAAUCCAUUUGGAGCCGUACAGAGGAAUCUGCUAGAGGUGCCGUUGAGAUUGCUCAAAAACAUUUUCCAGGAGUAGAAUGCAAAUGGGGUGAUAAGGGUCUUCAAGAAAUUAUUGAAGAUAGUUCAAUUCUUGGUGUUGCAGUGGUUUUAGCUGGCCAAGCUCAGGUUGAUUUCUCAUUGAGGCUGCUCAAGGCAGGGAAGCAUGUCCUUCAAGAAAAACCUGCGGCAGCUUCUACAAGCGAAUUGGAAACUGCACUGUCAAGUUAUAGGUCAAUUUUUGCCAAUAUCCCUGAUAAACCAAUUUGGGCGGUUGCAGAAAAUUAUAGAUUCGAACCUGCUUUCGUUGAGGGCAAGAAACUAGUGAAUGAUAUUGGAGAUGUGAUGAGCAUCCAAGUUAUUGUUGAAGGAUCAAUGAACAGUUCAAACCCUUACUUCUCAAGCUCCUGGAGGCGCAAUUUUACUGGAGGUUUCAUUCUGGACAUGGGAGUACAUUUUGUCGCUGGACUGAGGAUGCUUGCUGGAUGUGAGAUAGUAUCUGUGUCAGCUAUAACCUCUCAUGUUGACAAGACCUUACCUGCACCAGAUAACGUAUCCUCUCUCUUUCAACUGGAGAAUGGAUGUUCAGGGGUUUUUGUGAUGGUAGUCUCCUCAAGAUCACCAAAGAUAGUUUGGCGAUUUGUUGGCUUGAAGGGAACGCUGCAAAUUGAGCGUGGAAACCAAGAUGGACGGCAUGGCUACCUGGUUUUAUUUUAUGGUUCUGAUGGACAAAGAAAAAGCUCCUUCUACCAAUUUAGCGGAGUGGAUGAAGAAUUCAAAGCUUUUAUUAAUGACAUAUCACAGGCCAAUCUAAGGAAGGGGACUGGCUAUGAAGCCGAGCCUCGCAUGUCUUUCUUGGAAGGUGCCAGAGACGUUGCUGUUCUAGAGGCAAUGCUUGAAUCUGGAGGAAAGCAAGGGGCACCAGUUCAUGUGAAAAAAUAUCACUGAAGGAUGAGGUCUCUGCCCCUCUCUCCCCCCACCCCCACCUGCACCCCCGGUUGUAGCAGCUGGCAGCAUGAUUGAGAUGUUUUAUCAGUUCAAUUUUUUACAGAGAAAUUGUUUAAGUUGAAAUAAAAGGAGGAAUGUAGUUUAUGUAAUAAUAUUCAUCAACUGUAUGAUUUUUUUUAAGUUGGUCGUUGCCUCUCUUCGGAAUGUAAAGGAGGAGCGUGUUGCUUCUGUAGCUACAUAUUCAUCAAUAGAAUUUUACUCAUCUGUAUGAUU